CCUCCCGGGCAGAGGUGAAGUCGGUGCCUAUGAGACCAGGUCCCCUCCCGCAGAGCCGCCAUGUUGGAGGGCGAGAAACUCAACUUGGAUUCACUCAUCGAGCGGCUACUGGAAGGUGCAAGGGUGUUACGCCCGCUGUGCUGUGUUGCAGUGCAUGGCUCCCGGCCCGGCAAGAACGUGCAGAUGGCGGAGCGUGAGAUCCGGGACCUCUGCCACAUGGCGCGGGAAAUCUUCCUGAGCCAACCCAUCCUGCUGGAGCUGGAGGCACCGCUGAAGAUCUGCGGUGACAUCCAUGGGCAGUACUACGACCUGCUGCGGCUCUUCGAGUGCGGGGGCUUCCCGCCUGAGAGCAACUACCUCUUCCUGGGCGACUACGUGGACCGGGGCAAGCAGUCGCUGGAGACCAUCUGCCUCCUGCUGGCCUACAAGCUCAAAUACCCCGAGAACUUCUUCCUGCUGCGCGGCAACCACGAGUGCCCCAGCAUCAACCGCCUCUACGGCUUCUACGACGAGUGCAAGCGGCGCUACAACAUCAAGCUGUGGAAGACGUUCACCGACUGCUUCAACUGCCUGCCCGUCGCCGCUAUUGUGGACGAGAAGAUCUUCUGCUGCCAUGGAGGGCUUUCGCCAGACCUGCAGUCGAUGGAGCAGAUCCGCCGGAUCAUGCGCCCCACAGACGUGCCGGAUCAGGGCCUGCUGUGCGACCUCCUCUGGUCCGACCCCGACAAGGAUGUCCAGGGCUGGGGCGAGAACGAUCGCGGUGUCUCCUUCACCUUCGGCUCUGACAUGGUCGCCAAGUUCCUGCACAAACACGACCUGGACUUUAUCUGUCGGGCACACCAGGUGGUGGAGGAUGGUUACGAGUUCUUUGCCAAGCGCCAGCUGGUGACGCUCUUCUCAGCCCCCAACUACUGCGGCGAGUUUGACAACGCGGGCGCCAUGAUGAGUGUGGACGAGACGCUCAUGUGCUCCUUCCAGAUCCUGAAACCGGCUGACAAGACCAAGGGCAAGUACGGGCAGUUCAGUGGCGUGAACCCCGGCGGGCGCCCUGUCACCCCCCCGCGCAACGCGGCCAAGGCCAAGAAGUAACCGGCUGCUCCCCCUGCCCUGCCCCAUGGACUGGGCCCCCCCUCACUGCCCUGCCCCCGGCUCUCUCAGUGCCUGCCUGCCUGGGGCGGAGCUGAAUUAUUAUUUUUAAACUCCUGGGGUUUGAUGGCAAAAGUCCUGCUCCGAGGAGAGGGGGCCAGGCUGGGCUCUUGAUCUGGGGGGAGUGCGUUUAAUCUUUCUGGAUCAAGUCUAUUUUGCCAGCUGAGCCCCUCCCCCCUCCCCCAUGCUGAGACGAUUUCUUCUUGAAUAAAUAUUUACCAGAAACUCUUCCCCGUGGCGGGAGGGGGGGUUCUCUGAGGGGCUCUGCCGGGAAUACCCCCUCCUGCCCCAGGCUGAGACUUUAAUGCCCCUGGGGGUGGAGAAUAGUGUCUCCCCUCAGCCCCUGCCUGCUGCAGCCAAUGCCAUGGCGGGGCCUAGCCCUGGGCUGGUGCCUGACCCGCCCAGGGGCGGAGUGCUGAUGUGCAGCCACUUCUGGGGAGAGCGGUGCUGCCCCUCCACUGCGGCUGGGGGGCUGUUAUGGUGGGGCCACGAGCUAUGCUGGGAUCUAUCUUCUGGGUGCAAUGGAGGCGAGCAGGGGACCACAGCCCCUGCAGGGCCCUUGAUGGCUCCAGGGGCCCGUGCCCGGAAGGGGGUGUCCAGGGAGCUGAGCCCAGACUGGCAAUGUGGGGGUCACUGUAGCAGAGGAUCUCGGGGGCGAACUCAACUGCCUGGGAGGGGGUAUCCCAGCCAUUGCAAUGGGGUGGGGGGCGGACGCACUGCUGCAGGGGGUGGGGGAAGCAGGGGGAGCUGAGCUUCUCCUCCAGCCCCAGCAGCAGCUGUGCAGGCAGCAGCCUGGUUUAUGACCCAGCGCCGUCCAGCACUCCCUGGUGAACGCCAUCGCCCCGCGCCUGGGGGGGGUCGCCGUGAGCUGCGCCAUCCCCGGCACCGACAGCCAGCUGCGACCUGACGGCGGCGUCACCGCCGAGGCCCAGGAAAAGCUCGUCCUCGUCGCCGUCUCGGUCGCCUUUUGCGAAGCCCGAGCUCGGACGCUGGGAA